AUCACGUGUGGACAGCUGACCCGGAAGAAAAUAAACAAAAAUAUUCUGUUUUUUCACGUUUCUGCCUCAAUCCACCUUCUUUUCAACAGUUUUCUGUACACAAUGUGAUAAUGAGUGAGAUACAGAGGUCACAAGACUAUCAAAGUUUCCGGAGCACUGUGCCUCAGAAGAGGCUCUGUGUGGAUGAUGAUCCCACUAAAGUCUGGGUACUUUAUGAUGCUGGACCUAAAAGUAUUCGGUGCCCUGUGAUAUUUCUACCCCCAGCCAGUGGCACGGCAGACAUUUUCUUCAAACAGAUGUUGUCCUUAUCAUCACUAGGUUAUCGGGUCAUUUCGGUUGAGUUUCCAGUCUUUUGGAACAUACCAGACUGGUGUGAUGGCUUCAGAAAACUCCUCGAUCAUUUGCAAUUAGACAAAGUUCAUCUAUUUGGUGCUUCCCUCGGUGGAUUCCUUGCUCAGAAAUUUGCUGAAUAUACUUACAAAGCGCCCAGAGUACACUCCCUGAUACUCUGCAAUGCUUUCGUAGACACGGCUGUCUUUCAGCAGUCAACAUCUGCAAACACAUUCUGGGUCCUACCGGCAUUACUGCUGAAGAAAAUGGUGAUGGGGAACUUUGAAAGAGGUGCUAUGGAUAGUGAUAUUGCUGAUUCAGUCGAUUUUAUGGUCGAUAGGUUGGAUGGUCUUUCACAGAAUGAACUUGCUUCAAGACUCACACUAAAUUGUAUGAAUGCCUAUGUAGAACCCCAAAAGCUCACGGAUAUGAACAUCACUCUUAUAGAUGUGUAUGAUCAGAGUGCCCUGUCUCAGACUGUUCGAGAAGAAACGUACAAGUGUUACCCCGACUCUAAAAGGGCUCAUCUUAAAUCAGGUGGCAACUUUCCAUACCUGAGCCGGAGUGAUGAAGUCAAUGUGUAUAUAAGGAUACACUUGCAACCAUUCCAAGGAACAAAAUACAGUGCUGUAGAACAAUCUGAGGAGAUUGAGGCAGCAUGUGGUGAGGCGAGAGCGUCUUCCGGUAAUGGAUCAGAUGAGGGGGAUUCAGGGCCAUUAUAGAACUUAAAAAGACAAUGAACUGACUGUUUGUGUUUACAUAAAUCCACAAAGGAAUCCAAGCACUGUAAAUUUAUACUUCUUGCGGACAGUUUUCUGUUCAGGAUGUAACUGGUUUUGUUUACAGCCUCUGAAAGGGAAGUACUCGGCUUGUUCAGAUAUAAAAAUUCAGAAUGUAAAAAUAUACAAUGUAGAUAUUUAUUCAUCUCUAAACAAUUUUUUGAUUUGUGGUUACACCAUAAAAAGGAAUUAUUUUUCUCCGGCCCGAAAGCUCUCGACCGUACUAAAGCCGAAGAAAAUCCACUCGUGUAAUCUGAUGACAAUGACAAAACCAUCUGCCAAGAUUUUUUGCACCACCUUCUUUUAUAUGUCUAGGCUGCAACAGCCAAGUUAUUUGUAUUGUAUGAACUGUAUCUAGUACAUCUCCAUCAAAAAGUGCCAUAGCCAUUCGUCAUAAGAACAUAAAAGCAGGUGAUAAUUUUCUGAGAUGACAAGGUUUUGGCAUGCUUUUCUCAGUUAUGAAUUUCAAGUUUUCACAUGACAAUGCCUUGAUAAUUGACAAUGCCUCCUGGCUGAUUUUACAGCAACACAGCGAAGGUUGUGUGUGUGUUGUGUGCACAAAGUGACUAGGUCUGGGGGAUGUCCUGUGGUCUCCCAAGUUAGCCGGUCCUCUCUUCUCAUAAGACCAGUCAACUCCCUGACCACAGUAUUCACUGAACUUAGAGCUUUUACAUUACUGUUUAUUCAUCCACCAGCCAUCGUAAUUUACAGGCUAGUUGGUCCUGUACAGUUGUGAUGUAAUGGAAGAUAUUACUAAAGUGAUUCUGCCAGGAAAGUGACAAUGCCUCCUAGCUGAUUUUACACCAAUACUUUGUGUAAAUACAGUGGACCCUCCCUUAGCAGACACCUCCCUAUUAAGGACAACCUCUCUAGUAUUAAGGACACUAGUUUUGGUCCCAGAUUGGUUGUUCCAUUGAAUUUGAACUCCCCAAUCAGGACACCUCUCUAUUAAAGACAGCACUUGUCAGUCCCAUGGGUGUCCUUAAUAGAGAGGUUCUACUGUACAAUUUUCUCAAAUCUGCUUCGAUUGUAGCAUUUUAGAACUUUAGCAUCGAUUCUAAAUAUAAAAUAUGACUGAACUUCUUUGCUUUCUUCACACAAAUCUUAUAAGCUUAUCUGAUAUUGUUCAAUUAGAUAGUGUUCAUAUUGACAUAGUAAUUGUUUCAUUAAGUGUCUUUUCCACUUGCCAUGUUAUCAAGCAAUGAAACAGGUACAAGUUUAUAUAUUGAUUCAAUUCGCAUACUAACUAAUACCAAUAACCAUGCCGCACUGUACCGGCUAUCACAUUUGUAGCUUUUAUGCCAGACAAUGAUUCAAAUGAGGAUCAUAGAUUUAUUGUCUAUGUAUAUUGAAAUAAUGAGCAUUUCAUAUGAAGCGGCAUUUGUCACUCAAGUUUAAAAUUUAGUCGUAACGGCGGCGGUUUCCCGCUACGGUGAAAUCAGUCAGUAAAUGCCAAGUAUGCUCAGUGGUACGUCACUGAACAAUAGGUUUCUUGUAAUCCAAUCUUUCAAGUUAAAGGAGGAGUGCUUUAAGAUAAUGCUGGGCCUCUACUUAUAAUGAUAACAGUAACAGAAUUCCAACAUAGAUGACACUACAGAUAUACUCCCGAAAAUGUGCUCUGUUUGUAGACAGAUUGUGUGCAUUUUCUGCACAGCACACUUCAUUAGUGUUGGCAUUACCUUGAGCCACUCCCCCUACUGUAUAUGACUUUUUUACAUAAAAUGGAGUGUUAUCAAUUAACUUUGGAUGGUUUUCGAUUAUUAUUUUGGCAAUGAGAAUAAAUCAACAUAAUUUUGAAA